AUGCGUCUGAAAGUGGUCGUUGCUUGUCAUCUGUGGGGACGACGAGCUCUUUCAAGCGGCCAGGGUUCUCCCGUUUCGAUCAUUCCUCAGCGUCUAAAUCCUAGAUCAGCUGGUUUAGAAGGACCACGCCGGGCGAGCAAGGAGGGAAAUCAACUUUCGGCCGUUCCGACGGUGGCCACAUCCUUCAGAGAUGGGCCCGGCCGGGCUGCGCCCAGGCGGCAGUCGGGUCGGAGCCGCCGCCGGACUCAGCGCCCCGCGCGCUCCGCGCUGCGCCCCGCGCCCUUCUCUGCGCGAUCGGCUCCCCGGCGUCGGAGGCGCACCCGCCCGCCCGCCCGGCUCUCCGGCCGCCCUCCCCCGGGCUCCUCCGUCUCCAAGGAGCCGCGGGCGCUUCGGAGCCGCUCUCCGCCGCGGUCCCCCGCUCCCCCGCCUGCUUGCGGGGCGCGUGGGCUCGGCGGGGGCGGAGAGGGGGAGGCUGCAGGCGGGCAGAAGAGGCGGGGGCCGCGGCGGCCGGAGCCCGGAGGAAAGUGGCAUGCCCGAGACCCGGAGGCGGAGGUGGCGGAGGCGGCCGCGGGGAGACGAUGCCGCGGCUCCGUAGGGGAGGAAGGCGAGAGCGAGCCAGGCGAGCCGGGCGCCCGAGCGCCCGCCGGCUGCGGGGAGGCGCACGUCGCUCCGAGGCUCCGGCCUCCGCACCCCCGCGCCCCGACGCUGCGGGCGACAGGGCCGGGCUCCGGCAGCCGCCGCCGUCGCCGCCGCCGCCGCCGCCACCUGGAGGACGGAGCAAAAGUUUGGAUCUGGGGAAGGACUCGGCGCAGAGCGGGAUUCCUACCGGGGCCGCCAGGAGACCUCCAAAACCUUCGCAGAUUGCAGAUUGAGCUUAACCAAGAAGCUCGUGGGCUGAUCCACGCUGACCUGCCUGACCACAGAAGAGGUUCUGUCGGCCUGGUUGGGCCCCUCUUGGCCGUGGAUAACUUGGCUUCACUUGUUGCCUGGGUGGAAAAUUCUUCCCAUUGAAAUAUUUUUGCACAUG